CGCCACCUUUAACUUGAUCCAAAAUGUCGUCCAUCGUAAAACUAUUCAUCGUAUCCCCAGACACCCGCUCCGAGCGUCGUUUCGACCCCCACACGACCAUCGAGCAGCUCAAGGCAAAACUAGAGCUCAUUACAGGCAUCCCUGUUCAGAACCAGAAAAUAUCGCUGCAUAAUGGCGAUGACGAUUCACAGAUCGUUGCGCAGUUGGAUGAUGAUGCUAAGCCACUGGGGUACUACAGCGUUCGGGAUUUUCAGACGAUCAAGAUCGUAGAUACGAACCCUUCGACAUCGUUUACGGGUCAGCUCACUGAUGUAUCACAAGUAGAGAAGUUCGAGCUCAGCGACGACGCAUACGCACAACGAACCGACUCUGUUUUGGCUUACAAGCAAAGACAUAAAGUAGGGCGCUUCGCGGCCCCUUCAACCGAACCCACUCCUGAACCCACGGUGAACAUCCCCAUCGGAUCGCGCUGCGAAGUGGAAUCAACAGAACCGGGCCUGCAUAAGCGCGGUACAGUUCGGUUUGUUGGUCCGGCCGAGUUUUCUGCCGGGCUUUGGGUCGGAGUCGAGUAUGACGAGCCAAUGGGUAAAAAUGAUGGGUCCGUUAAAGGAGUGCAGUAUUUUACAUGUCGUCCGAACUACGGGGUAUUCGUCCGCCCUGCAAAAGUCACAGUCGGCGACUUCCCUGUGGAAGAGAUCAAUUUUGAUGACGAAGAGAUUUGAUGGGGCUAUUUGUCUUGACUAUCCAUCAACAAUUCACAGUUGUUAGAGACCCAGGACUAGGAUCUCGGGGUGUGUCGAUGCCUUCACCUUACCUUGAUGUCUCCUCAGCGCUCAGCCCUGGCAGCACAAUACACUUGUUCGUGAAACUCUAUGUUUAUUGUAACA